AUGGACUACAGUACUUCGCAUAGACUAGAAGAAUCUUCAGCUGCACAGCUCAAUGGAACAUCAACUAUAGUGAGGCGCUCGAGUGUGAGAACGAGGAAUGAGAACGUUGAGCAACAAACGGACAUUCUCGAUCAGCUGCUACAGGAUUUUGGACAACUGUCGGAAAGAGAUCAACUCACAGUCAGCCAAAUGUCGGCUAAUUUUGCAGCCGCAUCACCAAGACUCCGUUGUUUUAUGCUAGUUGACUUACUAGCUCAUUGCGACCUUUCACAACUAUCCUUCCUUGCUCAGAGUCUACAUUCUUUAAUUCGCAUCGAUUUUUUAAGGGCCCUCCCACGUGAAUUGUCAUUUAAGAUUCUGUCAUAUCUAGACGCUCAGUCAUUAUGUUCGGCCGCUCAAGUAUCGAGAUUAUGGAGAUGUUUGUCGGACGAUGACAUUAUCUGGCAACGGAUGUGUGAACAACAUACUGAUAGGAAAUGUAACAUAUGUGGAUGGGGUUUACCCCCGUUGGGUGGACGACCGACUCCAUGGAAAUAUAUAUUCGCUAGUCGAUUAAUAGUGGAGCGUAAUUGGCGUAAAGGACGAUUUCAUGUCAGAGAAUUAACUGGACACACAGAUGGAAUAAUGUGUCUACAGAUGGAUAACGAGGUUUUGAUUACUGGUUCGUACGACCGAACAGUACGAGUAUGGGAUCUUUAUACGGGUCGGCUUAUCCGAGUACUAACAGGUCAUUCCCAAGGUGUUCGAACAUUACAAUUUGACAAAAAAAUUCUAAUAACCGGAUCUAUGGAUGCUACAUUACGAGUAUGGGAUUAUCAUACUGGGCAAUGUAUAAGAAGGCUUACCGGCCAUACGGGCACUGUAGUUAGUCUUCAUUUUGAUGAUAAAAAACGAGUGGCCAGCGGAUCCGCUGAUCAUACAAUUCGAGUUUGGGACUUUAUUAUGGGAACAUGUUUCACACUCACUGGGCAUUGUGAUUGGGUUAACAGUGUGAAACUUUACGAAAAUCUGUUGUUCUCAUGUUCAGACGAUACAAGCAUUCGGAUUUGGGAUUUGGAAACAAGAACUUGUGUGCGCACGUUGGUUGGACAUGUUCAGUCGGUUCAAUGUAUUCAAUUAGCGCCGGCACUAGCGUUUUCUAAUAGGUCCUCCACGCCCGUUCAACACACACCGUCCGCAGCGAAUCAUUCAAAUGAUGAUUGUCCAGAAGCAGACUCUUAUCCAGUACUUGUCUCUGGAUCGCUUGAUAACACGAUUAAGGUUUGGGAUAUUCAAACUGGCGUGUGUUUGCGAACUCAAUCUGAACAUACGGAAGGUGUGUGGUCUCUGGCCGUUGAUAAAUUAAGGAUAGUUAGCGGAGCACACGAUAAAACGGCCAAGAUCUGGGACAAAGAUACGGGAGAGUGUUUGCAUACGCUCACCGGACAUGAAGGCCCAGUGACAUGCGUCGCAUUAGGAGAUACAAAAAUCGCUACCGGAAGCGAUGAUGGCAAAAUCAAACUAUGGGAUUGUUGUGGGUUUUGA